UUUUACCUGUAUUUAGACUUCGACUGGAGCUACUUCUGGUUGUGGAGUCGCUUCUUGGACUACAUGCAGUGCGUGCUGGCCUUCACGCUGAUGGCGGCCUACAUCACCUACCUCUUCCUGGACUCGGCGCUGUUCGUGGAGACCCUGGGCUUCCUGGCCGUCUUCACCGAAGCAAUGCUGGGCACCCCGCAGCUCUACUGCAAUUAUCAGAACAAGUCCACAGAGGGCAUGAGUAUCAAGAUGGUGCUGAUGUGGACCAGCGGCGACACCUUUAAAACCGGCUACUUCCUGCUCACCCAGGCUCCUGUGCAGUUCUGGACGUGUGGCCUGCUGCAGGUCUUAGUGGACUUCACCAUCCUGUUCCAGGUUUACUACUACAGCCGCUACCCACAGAAGCCAGUGUCCCACACUGUCUCCCACACCACCAGUGCCAAAGCCCUCUGAUAGCCGCUGCAAGCUCUCCGAGGACGCCAACACCCAAAAACACCAGUAAGGAAGCAUUUUUAGAGGAGCUGUGGACGUGUAUAAACAUACAGGAGUACCAAAGCGCCUUGAGAUAACACAGGCUACACACCCUCACCCUCUAGGAUACAUCAAGACACAUACACACCCAUAAAUAAGGCAUGAACAUACACACUUGAGCGGUGUUGGUGUCUGCAGCGAUACCCGAAAGACACUUGUCCCAAACAAACUCAACCUUUUUUCCUUUUAUGUAUCCCACCGACUUCUUCGCAAUGCGACACUAUGCUAGUGUCGUGGAAGGCAGACUUCUGAAAGAAUAUAUCCUUGAGUCGACCUGUGCAUGUGGAGAAUGUUAUGCACAUAAAUGAAUAUAUAAAGUGCAGAUGUAUGCGCUGAAAUCUGUGCUCAAGGGAACGUGGACCAGCUUUUGUCGUCAUCCACAUCAGCUGAUGAUUGAUGCAUGGACCCUCUGCCUUAAAUCGCACACAUUCAAACAUGGCUCGCUGCAUUACCAGCAAUAUACAUGUUUGAAUCAAUCAAAUUGAUCUUAAUACACAAAGUUACUGAAUGUACAAAAUGGUAUUUGUUAUUUUGUUGUUAUUUUUCUAACACAGUGGAGAAAUGCUGGUCAGUCUACCACUUGUUGGACACAUUUUCUUUGCCGUGUGCUGUGAUGCACAGGCUCAUUCUUCUGUGUUAACAGAGGAAUCAAAUUGUAAGAAACUAGAGGCAGUCCCAAGACAAAUCCCAAAGGGUUUGAAGAUGCAUUGUAUUGGCUUUUUAAACACAAACAGAUGAUCAUACACAUUAGCGGCCUUGAUGGUAACGGAGCGAUGAGAUAAUCGAGCUUUGUAGAAGUCUUCUGUAUGAAGCCAGUGUUGCCGGAAGGACAACGGUGUUCAGUGUUUUGAAGCAUCGCGACCAGUGUUCAGGCUGUGUACAGUAGGUUGUUAAAAGGUCAACGCCAAGAUUUUUAUACUGAAGCUGCUAAUGACAUUUGUAUAUCUUAUAUUUUGAUCGUUUUCACUCCACAAACGCCAAAGUAGUUGAUGUGCUUUUAGACUAAACACAAAGAGAAUUUAAGACGGAGCACAGUGAAGCGAGGACGAGUUACCCUCAGUUGAAAAUGUGUUAAUUUGAGCUCCGAAAUAACUCUGUUGGAUACAGUGGUUAUUAUUGCCAAUAUAAGUUACAGCCAAAUUAUCCUUUUAGUUCACUUUUUUUAUAGAUUGAUACUUCUGAAUAUGUUCUGCAAAAUUGUAUCUUCACUUCCCAUCAUUGUCUCAAGUUUAUUAUUUAUAUUGCAAAUCCAAUAACAUCCCCCGAUGUCCCUCCUCAUGACUCCACAGUGCUGUGUGCUGCUGCUGCUUUGGGCAGGUUGUACUCAUCACCAUUUUGUCUCAAGAAAUUAAUUUCCUGUUCAGAAGGAAAGGCUGCCGCAUAACACGGUGAAUGUGUUGUUGUUGUUUUGUAAUCUUUCUCUGGGGACGGGUGAAAUGCCAAACCAGGAGGUGUCAGGACUGUCAGCCCUUCAGUGAACUGUGUACCAGAGCAGACCUCAUUCUGUCCUAAAAAUAUGGAAACUUCCCCUUUUUGUUCCGGAGGGACACGGCAGGAGAUGCCUGUGAAUGAUUCUUUCCCCGCUCUUAAAUAUACAAAAGAACAUAUGGUUGCACCUUGGUUUCUUAGUUGAGGGUGUGCACUUUUUUUGUGUUUGACACCAGUUUAGUCAACCUGUGUAUUUUGUUACUCUUAUUUUUUAUAAAUCUUUAAAUGCCAGUGUAAGAUAAUGUACGCUUGCUGUUUAUUCAGGCAGUGGUGGGGUCAACGUGAUCAAAAAGAGUUUCACUUUAUUUACGCUUUCAUUCCUUGUGUCUGAUUUUACUUUCUUUUUUUAUUACAUUGUGUUUUGUACCGUUUGAUCCAUUCACAUUCACAUAAGAGGUAUUUGCUCAUAUACACUGCCAUCUUAUGCAUCGUCGUAUCUGUGAAACCAACACCUAGUUUUGUUACUGUACCAAAAAUAUAAGUACCUGUAUGUUCAGUUUUUAUGCCAUUUUUACUACGUUACAUCAUUGGUUUGUGUUUGAUUUGUCUUUUGAAGUGCCAGUUGUCCAUGUCAAUAACUAGUAACAUCCAUCAACACUUGUUUAAACACCAAGUUGAGAAUCCAAUGUGGCAUUGACACACAAUAAAGAGGACAUGGAGAGA